GAAAGGGUGUGGGCCAAGUUAUGUCAGUGAUAAUCUUAUGGGAGCAUUGGUAUGUGCCCCAUUACCCCCUUUCACUGUGUUGUGAUUUGUCAGUAACUUGGGGAAUGCUUCAAGACUGCCUCUUUGGCAGUGGAUGAUUUCUUUCCUGCUGUGAGACUCAAGGCAAUGUCACGUUCCAUUAUGAGAGUAGAGCCAGGGCUUUCUCCGUGCUCCUCAACAAAGGGCUAAUUCUGUUAGAACACAAUUUUCUUAGAUCUGCUAGGAUAUAUCUUCAUGAUUGUGAUUUAAGGUGUAUGUACCAGUAUUUUUUCACCCUCCUCCAAGUAUGAAAUAAGAACAUUUGCUUUCCUUUUCCUGCCAAUCACAUUGCAGUGGUAUUGUUAGUCUGUUACCUACCAGAGAGAGGGAAUGAGGCAGCAGAAGGGAGAGAAACACUCCCCUACACAGAGAUCAGGGUUCCAUUGCUGCAUUUAUAUUUUCUCCCACUCCCACUUCUAAAGGAGAUUAUAAUUUCUCAUCUUGUUUGGGAUCAUUUGCAUCAGGAUCACUCACCAGUGAAGACGUAAAAGACCUAAUCUGCUUCUUGUGACAGAGAUUUUAGCCCACUGCAGCUUUCAUACAAUCUGGCUAUAAAAGCAGAGGGUGCUGUGCAGAACAUGAGGAAAGAAUCUCUUGGUGGCUCUGCAGGGAUCCAGAGCUGAAAAUAACUGCUGGAGAAUGGCACUAUCUAAGAUGGCUUUGAAGAGAUUCAAAAUGAUUUUGUUUUUAAUUGUAGUAUUGGCCCCUGGCUGUUUGUAUUUAUUCAAGUCAAAUUUGAUUGCAAUCGGUAUAUUCUGUCAAAAGAAGGUUGAGGCCACAUCACUGACUUUUAUAACAGAAAGCAGAAACUUUUUGCAGUUGCCAGAUAUAGACUGCAGUAAGACUCCUACGUUUCUGGUGCUCCUUGUGACAUCAUCACAUGGCCAGAAUAAAGCUAGGAUGGCUAUCCGUCAAACAUGGGGGAAACACAGACUAGUUGCUGGCAACCGCAUCGUGACGUAUUUUCUUCUGGGAACCACCAUGAACCAAAAUGAUCAAACUGGUAUUAUUGCUGAAAGUCAGAAAUACAGAGACAUUAUCCAGAAGGAUUUUAUAGACACAUAUUACAAUUUGACUUUAAAGACAAUGAUGGGAAUUGAAUGGGUUCACAAAUUUUGUCAUCAAUCCAGGUUUGUGAUGAAAACUGACUCAGAUAUGUUUGUCAAUAUCUUUUACCUGACUGAACUUCUUUUAAGAAAAAACAGAAGCACUGGAUUCUUCACAGGCUUUUUAAAGAUGAAUGAGCUCCCUAUAAGAAAGAUAAAUAGUAAAUGGUAUGUGAGUAAAGAUGAAUAUCCAGGAAGCACGUAUCCUCCAUUUUGUUCGGGGACUGGUUAUGUUUUCUCCACUGAUGUUGCUAGUCAGAUUUAUAAUAUUUCAGAAAGUGUCCCUUUUAUUAAACUGGAGGAUGUUUUCAUAGGACUGUGUCUUGCUAAACUAAAAAUCAAUCUGGAGGAACUUCAUUCAGAACAGACAUUCUUCUCAGACAGGGUUGAGUUCUCUCUUUGUCUCUUCAAGAAAAUUGUGACAUGCCAUUAUGUGCAACCUUAUGAGCUGCUGAUCUACUGGAAUGCACUGGAGAGGUCAAUGGAUGAAAAAUGCCCAGAUGUUUGAAAUAGCUGAGCUAACGAAGUGACAAAAAAUAGCUACAGGACCAGCCUUUAGUAGGGUUACCACCUAGCCAGUAUUUGACUGGCCUGGCCAUUUUUUUAUGCAUUUGCCAGUUUUCAGAAAAAUAAUUUAAUCUGCCUUUUUUUUACAUGGGUCUAAAGAUUUGCAUUAUUAUCACCACAUUACACUGGGAUAUCUAACGUUAAAAGUUUCUGUGUCCAGCUAAAGAUGCUGCAGUGUUCCCACUUCCGCAGCUUAAGUAAGAAAAUGAUGUUAUCAAUCUUUUCUAUAUAUCUCAUCUCUCUAGAUACUAUAAGUGGCUAUUGGGGGCAGGAUUUGCAGAAUUGUCUUCUGGGGUGGGAGUGGUGCUGGGUUUUUUGCAUGUCAAAGAGGGUAACCCUAGCCUUUAGUCAGGCAAAACUUGGCCACUGAAGUUAGGCUGGGGACUUGUACAGUCAAAGAGACACUGAUAAAUAUUUUAAUCUCUUGCCCAUCUGCAAAUUUGCUGUUAUUUAUUUGCAAAGACUGGAUUUUCUUUCUGAGCACAAGCCAACAAAACUGCUUUGUCUCAGUACGAACACUUACAGUAAUGUCAACAGAAGGCUGGGAAUACUUACAUAUCAUUUGCUUCUCUCUAUCAUUUUCUCUGUUUCUCUAACAUUAAAAGUUUACAGUCCAAAGUCCAUUCCCUGACACAUUAUAACACGGUUAGGCCACACUCCUGUAAUGAGCUCUGUGUGAGUAGAGACGUGCACCUGCAUAAAAUCUUUUACACUGCUGAAGUUGAUGGGGCUUUGCACAGGUGUACAGAUCUACCUAUUCAGAGCCUGUUGCAGGAGCAGGGUCUUAAGUGCCAUAGGUUAACUUCUGAGCCUUUAAGAUCACAGCAUUAGUUUUCUAUUAUACAUUUUACAUUUAAAAUCAUGCAUACAGGGCUUAAUCGAGAGACCAAGAGAAAGAAAAAAUCAACAGUGCUGACAGAAUAUUGGAGUUGGUAAAUAAUGUAUUUCAACAUUCCAUAUUCCCCCUUCAGUACAAGGUGUAUUUUUGAAUUCAGAGGAAUUAGUAAAUACUGCAAAAUUCUAAACUCAAACAUCACAUUUCCCUUUAUGCUGGGAUUGUCAAAGGGGCUGAAGGGAAUGAGGUGCCGUCAUCAUGUUAAUGGAGUUUGGGCACUGACUCCAUUAGUCUCUUUUAAAAACCCCAGCCUCAAUUGUUAUACUUUAUACAAUUGAGUAAUUAUACUCAGGCCAUAUAUGUAAAUGCUGAAUGAACAAAAGGGCUAUUUGUAUAUAGUAUAUUUCAUGUAACAAAAUGUGAUUGUUUUAAAUAUGAGCCUAUUCUCCCCUUGAAUUUGCACAUGCAACUUUUUUAAGGCUGAUAAGAAAAGUAGAACAGUUUUUACAUUAUCUGCAUAGAACAUAUAAAUUUCAAAUUAACAAAAUGUAAUGUCUGGUACUAUUUUAAUAAAAGAUUAUUACAGCU